CUUUUAUCCUGCAGUCUCGCAGCUUGUAAGCGCCAAAGGAUAAUGCGACAGGGUUGCACCACAGUGGGCUUAAAUGGGUACAAAACAUUAAAAUUUAAUAAAAUUAAAUACAUAAACUGAUUAUAAAUUAUAAUUCCACUCAUGAUUUUAAUUAAGUCCAAAACAGCUUGAUAUAGUUUUUUAAACCCAGUACGCCUUGCCCCACCUGACAGCACUUCUUUCCCCCUGCCCCAAAUCUAUGUCACACUCUCAACGUUUGCUCAACAAUUCGGUCACAUAAUUCCUAAAUCUAAAAUCAAAUACAAAAAAUAUUUGAAUUAAAGACACAAAACCGAGGGAUACACUCCUCGUACACAGCUAAUAUAUUUUUUCAACCAAAAUUUUCGACGAAACCUCUUUUACGAUGAGCUCUGAACCUACUGCUGGUGUGGGCUACGUGAAUGCCACGAGGAUGGUUUUAAAUCGAUCCCUAUCGAAUUUGGUGUAUCUAGCACGUCGUCUCAAUCUGAGCAGUGCAGACGGUUAUACCUCUUAUAAAGAAUCAAUGGAGACGGCUUUGCCAGAGCGCUUUAAGUUAAAAGUUGACUCCGCAUGCCUUUCUUCCGCUACGUCGGGAGAUGGAAAACCAAAUCCAAAACGUAAGAUAGUACGAACCACGUCCAGGGGUUCCAGAUUCGUCAAGACAGAGGCUCACCCGCGGACACCAAGAGGCGUCCAAUGUUUGACUGCUAAUCUGCCUGUGCCACCGCCACCACCACCGCCCUCACCUAGAUGCCCACAGGCCCGAGAACUUUGCUUGGCCCUGGAGAUGUCCGAUAAUCUGUUGAUUCAGUAUAGCCAGACGGACGAAUUACUGGAUCAACUGAUUUGCGAUGCCAAGGAUCUUCAACGUCAGGUGGCAAUGCAGUGUCAAUUGCAAAGGGAUAUCGAAAUGACCCACAACAUAGAGUCGGAGUUUGGUACCAGAUCGAUGAGAUAUCUUAUCGAGGCCAUUCAAGCAGAUUUCGAAAGUGAGCAUGUCAAGAAGGUCCGUCAACGAUGUCUAUGCAGUCUGAGACGCUUCGAUGAACGCCAAUUACAGAUGGGAUCCGAAGAAGAUGACCAGGAUCAAGAUCAAAGUAGGGACGAGGGCAACGGCAAGGGCACACAAACCGAUAUCUAUCAGUAUCAGGGUGAGGUCAUAUCAGCAUUGGUCGACUUUGACUUGCCAAUGGAUGAAUGUAAAUCAGAUGAAUUGGGAUCAGGUGAUAACUACCAGAACCAGAAAAAUGUCCAAAAUAACAUCCAGGAAGAAGCUCAACCUUCCAAUAGGAUAGAAUUUAAAUAAAUAAACAUAUCAAAUAAUAUAAAAAUAUCUUGAUAUCUUAACUUUACUUAAAAUGUUUAAGAAAUAACUUUUCUAGUUUUGAAAAAGUUUACUGUUUGCAUAAAACAUUUAUGCAGUCUAUGCUAGAAAAUGUAUUUCAUUAUUUUAUUAAUCCUUCAUUUAAUCAUUAUUAUUCAUAAAUAUUUUUAUAAACAUCUACCACUGUGCCACGCCAACUUUGUGUCUGCCUUUGAAUCUGUGUGUGAGGAAAGUUUUCUUGUUAAGUUGCAGAUUGAAUGGCGCCGGUAAACACAGUGCGGCAAGUGCAGGGCUUCCAGUUACCAGUAACCAGUUCCAAACUCUCCAGCUUCGAGGACACCAUGCAUCUAUGCUCCUGAUUGAGUCAAAUCCUGGCUCAUAACUAAUUGCCAGCGCCGAAGACGACGACGACGACGCUGGCAGCGGUGCAAAGUUUAAAUUAAGUUGCGUGUCAUAGUCGAAAAGUUUUCCACUUAUUCAAAGAGGCACGUGCACCACUGAACACCAUUCCACGGAAAAACUCCUGUCCUCCACCGGCCAACAACAACGGCACUCGAUUGACAAAGGAAAUAAUAACUCUUGGCUGGUAAAUACGCAUUACAGAUUUACGUGCAAACAAAGUGGCCAAAAGGAAGGCAGAAUCUAUACAACGCGAUUUUUUUGAUGAUAUUAAGCAAUCAAGUAUUUUAAAAUGUUAAAUCAUAU